AUGCAGUGGAUUUUCACCAGAGAAGAACUUGCACGAACGCCCUCCAUCGCUGUUGACGGUUGGUCGGUCACGCAGGAACAACGGAUGCGCUUGAGAGGCUCGGCGAUGAUCCAAUCGUCCGGUUCCAGGCUAGCGCUAUCCCAAGUAACAGUGGCUACCGCAGCAGUCUAUUUCCAUCGAUUUUAUACGAGGCGAUCAUUUCAGGAUUAUGAUUUCGAAUACGUUGCAGCUGCAUGUAUCUACCUUGCCGGUAAAGUAGAAGAUUCAAGAGCGAAAUUGCACGAUAUCAUCCAGGUAUGCGCCCAUCAUAAUUACGGACGCGAAAAUCAUGUUGCCGAGAAGAUCAAGAUUUCGCAGCAAUGGCGAGAAGCGAUUAUCUAUUAUGAGCAAUUUCUCAUCGAGACUCUGUGUUUUGAUCUUACCGUCAAUCACCCGCAUCAGCUUGUUUUAGAGUUUGGAGAGGAGAUUCAAGCAUCAGAACGUGUCGUGGCCGCUGCUUGGGCUUUUGCAAAUGACAGCAUGCGCGUCCCUGUAUGCCUAAUGUAUCAUCCACAAAUGGUGGCGGCCGCCUGUAUGCUUCUCGGUUUUCGCGUCAUGCGUGAAGAUUUCCCGUUAGAUCCAGAUACCAUUUGGGGACAAACACUUGACAAGGAACCAAAAUUAUUACAAGAGAUUACCAACGUUUAUACCCUGUCACCACGAAGUGAAUCAUAA